GUGCCGCGCGUGCUACUGUUUUCGUGGGGAGGUGCGAUGGCGUCGACAUCGUCUGAGCACAAGUGUGUUCUGUGCGAUGCGCGGAUGGAAUCGAAGCCAGCGCUUCAGGAACACUUCAGGGACCACGCAAACGGCAAGAUCAAGCCGCGCCAACGCCGGCCGGGCUACCUGGCGCAGGAGGUGGCGCGCAAGACAGGCGGCCCGGCGCCGCCCCCUCCCGCCCAGGACGUCAGCUGGCAGUGUGAUAGCUGCACGGAAACGUUCCCCACGGUGACCGCCGCCAUCACACACAAGUUCAAGGUCCAUCCCAACAGCAUGACGAAAUACUAUUGUCCAUACUGUGGCCAGCAAUUCCCGCUUAAGAUGAGUUUCGAUCUACAUGUGAAGACGCACAAGCACGUGGGCGACAUCAAUGAAACCCCGUGUACCGAAUGUGAUGCUGUGUUCUACGUUAACAAGGCCAGAGACUUCCACUUCAACUCAGUGCAUUCACGAUCGAUGAGCAUCAUCCAGCCUAAGUUCUGCCCGCCGCCCAGUAUGAAGAUCGACGUCAGCCAGUCGGGCGAGAUGCGCUCCUGCUACUACUGCCAUCUGUGUGGCACCGAGUACACUGUUAAAUACAAUCUCGUCCGCCACCUGGACCGCCACGACCAGGCGGACCGCGACGCCGUGCCAGGGGACGUGAUCCGCUGCAACCGCUGCACGAGUGUGUUCUUCAACGAGCGUGCGUACAGUGCUCACCUGCUGCGACACCAGGAUGGCGACUUGUUUGUGGCCAGCGAGGAGCAGCGGCUGAUGGUGGUGGACAGGGUGGACCAGGACCUGGACCUGACCCGCAUCCCCAACCCGCUGGACCGGUACGUGCCGGGCGAGGGCUCGGCCGGGCCCCGGCAGCGGCCGCCCGCCGCCAAGAGCCGCAGCAAGCGGCCGGCCGAGCGCGGCGACGACAGCGCCGCCAAGUCUGUCCGCGCCAGCUGAUGCCCGCCCGCCGGGUAGAUAGGUGGCGACACCGUCGAUUGGGCGCUUCGAGACUCGGUCUCGCCUGGCGCUGGGCGGCGCGGAUCAUCAUCACUGGCGUCAUCUGCCAUGUGCUGGCGCCGGACUCGGCCUCCGUCGAGCGGCGCUGGCGGUCAGCUCCGCCGCCGCUGCCCCUCCCCCUCCCCGCCCGGUUGGGAGGGUCGCGAAGAGUACUACAGUUGUUUCCGUGGCGUUCAUUCCCUCUGGUGCGACCGUGCGGGGCUGGGCUGAAUCGGGAAGAAUUCGUGCCUGUUGGUGAACAUCUCGUGUAGUGGCCAUUUUGCAAGGAUCGUGCGAAGUCUGUAACUCGGAAUCCUGUCGGCGCCCUUCAUUCAAGGCGUCGGCCUUUACGUGAUCGCCGGAUCUGGAGGUCAGGCAGUUUCGCUUCGGGCGCCUUGUGCUCGCGGCUGUAUACUUGGCUCUCAUUUUUUUUAGUGCACCUGGUCCUGUUAGCACUGUUACGACCGCAGCGCAACUGAACUGAAUCAGUGUUAGCGUGAGGGUGUUUGGUGGGUGCCCGUGAGCUGUUUGGUAGUCCCGAUAUCAGGGCUCAUGUCUUGCGGACAUCCGUAUGCACCAACGAUUCUCGUGACGUGUAAAGGCUGUUGCUUCGCUCUCAAUGACAUUCUUGUCUUACUCUUCGGAGAAAAAUGCAGGAGAAUGGGGACAUAGACACGUUGAUGUUUCGACAACUUGUCUUUAUCGAAGCAAAGAGCAGGAGUGGAUUCAAAGCUAUGCAACGCGCUUCUGCUGUUCGUUUCGAUGAAGGCAUGUUGCCGAAAUAUCAGCUGCAUCCAUAACUCCAUUUAUCCGGGUUUUCUCCGAUCAAUAAGGUGUAACUUCCGUCUUAUCUAUGUGCGUAAUGUUCUCGCGAAUGCACUUAACAACGCUGCGUGACAUUCUUUUCCGUAUCUUUGUAAGGCUGCUUCCCGCGACUCUUCUACUGGAGCGCUGUCAAUCAAUGACCUUCACACCUAGACACACCCAACGUAAAACGACCUUUCGCUGAGACCAUCUUCAUGUGCGACUGUGCUAUAGCAUAGGGCUGCGCGUCCGCCGUCAUCGCCAGCCCAGCGGCCGGCGUUGGUCGUGAGAGCGGACGGGCUGCGGAGAUGACCCUUGGUUUGGGAGUGAAUACAUCGCGCUGUACGCCCCGUA